AUGGAAGUCUUCCCCCCUAGAGCACCCAAUGCAAUUGUCAUUCAUAGAAGAGCUUUUAUUGAAGAAGCUCGCAAGAAAGGAUAUAAUUUGCCAAUGACUUAUAUAUCCAGUGCGGCAUCACAAAGUUGGGAAUCUGCUGACGAAAUUGUCAAAAAUGAACCAAAUCAGAUCAUUGACAUAGAAAAACGUAUUAGCGAAUUAACUAAUGAAGAAACCGUUAAGCAGGCUGAAAAGUUGAUUUCCAUUGGGGUUCAUGCUUCUAUAGCAGAAAUUACAGAGUAG